AUGGAGGUUGAAACGCUUGUCUCCCCGCCGACAACUCCAGAUCUCUCUCACCACGACGCAAUUCCCAUGGACAUUGGACAGACCCACGGCACAGGAGCAUGGGCCGACGACAUUGAGGAAGAUACGCCCCCUCCUCCGGAUGAAUUGCCUCCUCCGGACAAGGCGCUGCCACAGAAUGCGACGCCACUGCUCAGUGUUACACCUAUGGUGAAGACAUUGCCACUAGUGCCUUUAAAUAAGAAUAAACUGAACACGGCCCUGGAGAUCGAAGACAUCCUCACCUGCCAACUUAAUAAACUAGAAUUUAGCAUCCACGAAAGACUGGAAAAACGAGGAGGAGCCACAAUCUGGAUAAACACUGCUGGACACCCGGAGCCUGAGGACGCUGGUGGUCGCAUCGUGGGCGGCAGUGCGGCCUCGCAGGGGCAGUUCCCGCACCAGGCCGCCGUCUCCAUGGACAGCUCCUACCUGUGCGGCGGCUCGCUCAUCUCCACCUCUGCUGUCCUCACCGCGGCGCACUGCGUCUCUGGGUUCAGCACGUGGGCGGUGAGCCUGGGAGGCAUCCGCCGCAGCGGCAGCGAGUCUGGCCGCGUGACCAUCAACACCAGGUCGACGACGGUGCACUCCGGCUACAACGUCAACACGCUCAACAACGACAUCGCCGUCAUCUUCCUGGGCACCAACGUGCAGCUCAGCAGUUACAUCGCUCUGGUGAACCUGCCUUCUCGCUCACAGGCGGGCAACAGCUACGAGGGCCAGUCUGCUACUGUCAGCGGUUGGGGUCUGACUGCCGAUAACGGCAACACGGCCAGCACGCUGCAGUACACGACGCUGAGCGUCAUCUCCAACUCGCUCUGCCAGCAGUACUACGGAGGCGUCAUCGUCUCCUCAACACUCUGCGCCACCGGCUCCAACCGACAGAGCACCUGCAACGGUGACAGCGGCGGCCCCAUGGUGAUCGGCUCGACGGGCAGCUUCACCCUGAUCGGCGUCGUCAGCUUCGUGUCGGACGCCGGUUGCUCGAGCGGCGACCCGUCCGGCUAUGCCAGGGUCACCUCCUUCCUCGACUGGAUCUCCAGCACCGCCGGCAUCAGCAUCUCGUAA